CACGUCGUAAUUUUCCACUUUUGCAUUCCUGCCCCUUGCACCUCUGCUCAAGAACAACUGUUGUCUUUAGCUCUGAAAAAUAGCCAAAAUGCCGAACCUUGGAGACGUUUUCCCUAACUUUGAAGCUGACACCACCAUUGGACCCAUCAAGUUUCAUGACUUCCUUGGAGACAGCUGGGGUAUUCUGUUCUCUCACCCUGCUGACUACACACCUGUGUGCACCACAGAGCUAGGAGAAGUCGCUAAACUCCUUCCAGAAUUUGCGAAUCGCAAUGUAAAAGUGAUUGCUGUCUCAUGCGAUGAUGUGGAAUCUCACAAGGGAUGGAUUGGCGAUAUCAAGGCUUACAAAAAGCUGGAAGCCUUUGAGUAUCCUAUCAUCUCCGACCCUAGACGUGAGCUUGCAAUCCAACUGGGCAUGCUGGAUCCGGUUGACAAGGACAAGGCUGGGAUGCCAGUCACUGCUAGGGCUGUAUUCAUUGUGGGACCUGACAAGAAGCUCAAGCUCUCACUCCUCUACCCAGCCACCACUGGAAGGAACUUUGUCGAGAUUAUCCGUGUAAUCGACUCUCUUCAACUGACAGCCUACAAAAAAGUGGCUACCCCAGCCAACUGGACGCAAGGUGAAAAGUGCAUGGUUCUGCCCAGCGUUUCUAAGGAGGAUGCAGAAAAGCUCCCCGGGUACGAGGCAACAGCUGUUCCCUCGGGAAAGAACUACAUGCGAUUGGCCGACCAGCCAAAGUGAACUGAAAAAUGUACUAUCAAGAACAAUUGAGGGAACUGAGAACAAUUUUUGCUUGUUCAAUUUUAGUUGUCAAAAAAUACUUCAAAAACAAGUUAUGUUUGAGGUGUAAA